UAUACAUCCCAUAACCCCGCCUAUAUAUAUAUCUACAUGAUAGGCCGCCUCUCUCAAUCGCUCAUCUCUCUGCCUCAACUAAAAACCCUAGACACCAUCUGUUAUCUCUCUCAAUCGAUCUGUUUUGCGGUGGCUAUCUGUUGUUUUGUGACAGUGUGCAAGUUGGCGUUUGCGAGAAGUUAAAAAGUGUUUUUUAUGUCCGAGCAGGGUAUUAUCUACUUAGGGUCUAUUGGGUUGUUGGGACAGUAUUGUCCUAUAUUAUUCCAAGAAGGAAACACUUGGCUGCAUGCAUCAAGCCCUACCACAAAAAUUCGUGGUUGCAACAGUUUGGCGCAACCUUCAUUCACUACAACUGAUUUCUUCCGUUUUCGUUCUCAAUUAUCUCUGAUCUGACACUUCUACUUCUGGUUAUUGUGAGUGAUAUUAUUCUCUACUCGAACCAAUCACAAUGGCGUUGCAGAACAUUGGUGCCAGCAACAGCGAUGAUGCCUUUUACAGGUACAAGAUGCCGAAAAUGAUUACCAAAAUCGAGGGGCGUGGAAAUGGCAUCAAAACAAAUAUCGUCAACAUGGUGGAUGUUGCCAAAGCUUUGGCUAGACCAGCUUCGUAUACUACGAAAUACUUCGGGUGUGAGCUUGGAGCACAAUCAAAAUUCGAUGAGAAAACGGGGGUGUCGCUUGUGAACGGUUCUCAUGACACAGCGAAGCUAGCUGGUCUUCUUGAGAAUUUUAUCAAAAAGUAUGUUCAGUGUUACGGUUGUGGGAACCCGGAGACGGAGAUACUGAUUACGAAGACGCAGAUGGUUCAGUUAAAAUGUGCUGCGUGUGGUUUUGUGUCUGACGUGGACAUGAGAGACAAGCUGACGUCGUUUAUCUUGAAGAAUCCGCCUGAGCAGAAGAAGAGUUCGAAAGACAAGAAGGCGAUGAGGCGGGCUGAGAAGGAGCGGUUAAAGGAAGGUGAAGCGGCGGAUAAGGUACAGAAGAAGCUGACAAAAGACGUGAAGAAGACGAAAGAUAAAACAUCGACAAAAAAGAAAGGUAAUGCUUCUGAUGAGGAUCACACUUCGCCAACUGUAAGCCACGCUGGAGACAAGGAUAACGGUUCUGGCGAAGAAGAUGACGAUGAUGACGUCCAGUGGCAGACCGACACAUCAGCAGCGGCUGCUCGCCAACGUAUCCAGGAACAGCUCAGCGCGGUGACGGCUGAUAUGGUGAUGCUCUCUACAGAAGAGCCCGAGAAGAAGGUUGUGAAGAAGUCGUCUCCUCCUGUUGAGGAGAACUCUAAUGGCAGCACGAAGAAGAGUCUGGUGGACGUGGCAAAAGAGAGUCUGAAGACGGGUGUCGGUCCAAAGGCGUUGUUGGCAUCACUAUCCGGAUCACCUCAGGAAAACGCUAGUGCUCUUUACGAGGCGUUACUUGAUGGAGUGGAGAAAGGGUUCUCAAAACACUUGCUUAAGAAGAAAAACUAUUUAGCCGCUGUUGUUGAGGGUGAGGAGGAUUCGCAGUUGCUUCUGUUACGAGCGAUUGAGGACUUCUGCGGGAAGUCGAACCCGAAUGCGGUGAAGGAAGUGGCGCUUGUUCUGAAAGCAUUGUAUGAUGUUGACAUUCUAGAGGAGGAAUAUGUGGUUAAGUGGUACGAGGAGGGAACAAGUGGCGGGAACAAGAGUUCUCCUAUCUGGAAGAAUGCGAAGCCAUUUGUGGAAUGGCUUCAGAGUGCCGAGUCUGAAAGCGAAGAAGAAUAAGUUUUGAGGUGAUGUUAUGAUGAUGUCUUGCUGUUUUGAGUGCCGGUUGAAUGUGCUUGUUUUUGUUUUUGUUUGGGUGCUUUGUGUGUUAAAACCUCUUGGUAUUUAACAAUAAACCAUGUCUGUUUUUCUUUGUAUGUUUUGUGUGUUUGAACCUCUUUCGUUUUUAGUAAUAAAUAAAUCAUCUCUUUUUGUGGUGACCA